AUGUUGUCAUCUACUACCAGAGCUAUCUCCAGAGCAAUCGCAACCCGAUCCUCUCCGUUGGCUGGAUCUGUUGUUGCUACACAAACCAGAUCUUAUCACGACAAUAUUGUUGAGCAUUAUGAGAAUCCUCAGAACGUUGGUUCUUUGGAUAAGAAUGAUAUUACUGUUGGUACCGGUUUGGUCGGUGCCCCAGCUUGUGGAGAUGUCAUGAAGCUACAAAUCAAGGUGGACGCUAAUGGAAAUAUCACUGACUCUAAGUUCAAAACCUUUGGAUGCGGAUCAGCGAUUGCUUCCAGUUCAGUUGCCACCGAAUGGGUCAAGGGCAAGUCGGUGGACGAAGUCUUGGCAAUUACGAAUUCCGAUAUUGCCGCACACUUGAAGCUUCCCCCUGUCAAGCUUCACUGCUCUAUGUUGGCAGAGGAUGCCAUCAAGGCAGCUGUCCAAGAUUGGAAGUCGAAGAAGGGCAAUGGAUUGAAGGUUGAGGAGGUUGCUGUCUAA